AUUUAUUUAUUUUCCUUGUCAUCAAUUACUUGUCUCUUGUACCAAAAUUAAAGGCAACCAGUUAACCCUUUUUGCCUCAUUUUCUUUUUAAGUCUCAUUCUCACUUAAUUCCCACAUAUCAUUUCUCAUUGCCAUUUACAACCACCACAGCAUUGAUUGAAAUAAUAACAAGACCAAUUAAUUGGUUGAAGGAGUUUAUUUGAUUUUUGAAGAUGGCUGAUUGGGGUCCAGUUUUUGUGUCAGUGGUCCUGUUCAUUCUGUUAACGCCCGGGUUAUUGGUUCAGAUUCCUGGUAGAGGCAGGUUCGUUGAGUUUGGCAAUUUUCAAACGAGUGGAUUAUCCAUUUUGGUUCAUGCAAUCCUCUAUUUUGCUCUUAUAUGCAUUUUCUUGUUAGCAGUUGGAAUCCAUAUGUACAUGGGUUAAUUAACAAUCCUAUUAAGUUCUUGUUUACACUAUGGGAUCCAUAGUACUUCAUUGUUAUAUGGUUGUUUUGGAUUAUUAUGGGAUUUGAUUUGUAAUGUUUCUUUUCCUUGUGAUCAAGCCUAGUUAAUUAAUUAAUGAGAUUCAGUUCUAUUUCAGUGCAUCAACUAAGAAUGAGUGUUUUAUGAUUAUAGUUAUUAAUGAGGUAAGUUACUCUCUUGAAUGGAUAAUUAUUAAGGCUUGGUUGUUCAUGUUUCUUAUGUAAUUGCUUGCCCGACCUUGGAUUUAAGGCGUUGUUCAUUUUCUAAUUGAUAUAUAUGAUUUGGUAAGAUAACUUUUUUAAAAGUUUAAUUAGAAAUUUAAUUAAAUGAGAUGGUGUCAUCGUGGUGGAGAUUAACAAACAAGGUUAAUGGUGAAAAUGGUUUUUACAACAUUAUAUAUGCCAAUUUAGUUUUUUUUCUUAAAUAUAAUAUUUUAAAUUAGUCU